GCUCUGAGGGGAGGAGCAGCGGAGGAGGAGGCUCUCGGCUUCUGGACGCUUACGCUGGGAUGUUAGCGUAUGGCUUCUGUAGCGCUACGCGGAACUUCAUGUUUGCCUUUUUUUCAACGGAGAAAGUGAAGACGGAUUAAUUUCUACAGAAGCCAGUCCGAAAAUCGCUUCACACGUUGAUCAGUAGUGCCUGACCUCCUGCUUCUCACCAGCUGUUAGAUCUUCACAGCAGCCGAACAUGUACCGCUUGCGGGCGUUGGCGGCAGUCACGGUCGGGAUGGCGCAGUCCUCGCGACGAUUUCACAGCAGUGCCUUCCGCACCCCCCACCGGCGCAGGCUGCUGCUGGCCGCUCUGGCCGGAGUGACCGGUGUGUCUGCCACUACAGGACUGCUCUGGACAAGGGCCCACGCAGAGGCAAGCUCAUCCGUGAGGCAUGAGGAGGAGCUGCGGGAGGAGGAGUCUCUGAAGGACGUUACGUCGGAGGCGGAGUCAGACAGCGUGGUGGAGUCCAGCAGCAGUGGAGAGGAGGAGGAGGAGGCGAGCUCCGAGGGGAAGAAAAAGAAACAGAGAAUCGGCUUCCGCGACCGCAAGGUGAUGGAGUAUGAGAACCGUAUCAGAGCUUAUUCCACGCCAGACAAGAUCUUCCGCUACUUCGCCACGCUGAAGAUCAUCAACGAGCACGGAGACGCUGAAGUGUACAUGACGCCGCAGGACUUCAUUCGUUCCAUCACGCCAAACGAGAAGCAGCCAGAGAAUCUAGGUCUGGAUCAGUUCGUGGUGAAGCGCUAUGAUGGGAAGGACUUCUGGCAGACGGAGAAGAUUGCUCAGGAGCGGGAAAAGUUUGCAGACGAGGGCAGCAUCUUCUACACGCUCGGCGAGUGCGGCCUUAUCUCCUUCUCCGACUACAUAUUCCUCACUACCGUCCUCUCCACGCCUCAGAGGAACUUUGAGAUUGCCUUCAAGAUGUUUGACCUGAACGGAGAUGGGGAGGUGGAUCUGGAGGAGUUUGAGCAGGUGCAGAGCAUAAUUCGUUCUCAGACCAGCAUGGGCAUGAGGCACAGGGACCGCUCCACCACCGGUAACAUGCUGAGGACAGCAGGCUGCAGCUCGGCUCUCACCACCUACUUCUUCGGCGCCGACCUCAAGGGCAAACUCACCAUCGGCAGUUUCCUGGAGUUCCAGAGGAAACUGCAGCACGACGUACUGAAGCUGGAGUUUGAGCGGAAUGACCCAGCAGAUGGCCGAAUCACAGAGAGGCAGUUUGGGGGUAUGCUCCUGGCCUACAGCGGCGUUCAGUCUCGCAAACUCAAACAGAUGCAGAAAGGCCUGAAGAAGAUGUUCAAAGAUGCUCAGGGAAUCACCUUUGAAGAGGUGGAGAACUUUUUCACGUUUCUGAAGAAUGUGAAUGAUGUGGAUACUGCACUCAGUUUCUACCACAUGGCAGGCGCCUCCAUAGACAAAGCUACAAUGAAGCAAGUGGCUCGCACAGUAGCGAAGGUGGAGCUGUCAGAUCACGUCUGUGACGUGGUGUUUGCCUUAUUCGACUGUGAUGGCAACGGCGAGCUGAGCAACAAGGAGUUCAUCGCCAUCAUGAAGCAGAGGCUGAUGCGGGGACUGGAGAAACCCAAAGACAUGGGCUUCACCCGCCUGGUGCGAGCCAUGUGGAAGUGUGCCCAGGACACCGCCUGGGACUUUGCCAUGCCCAAACAGCAGUAGAGAGAAUGAAAGCAAGAGAUGACAGCUGAAUGUCCUCUUGUCACCAGGUUCCUUCUGGAACUGAGUGAAUCAUUAUGAAAUACCAUAUUUCAUAAUGUCUCAUAAGCCUGAUCAAUCAAGUGAUCAAUCGAGUGAGCUGUAGGGUAUCAGAGCUCCUGCAUGAGGAAACCGCUGCAGUGUGUGUGUAUGUAUGUAUGUGUGCGGCCUCUACACACUACCCCAAAUGACACUUACAUUUUCAUGGUGUUGCGCUAUAUUACUAUUUUUGUCUGGGUUUAUGCAGUUCUUUAAAGCGGUGGUUCUCAAACCGGUCCACAGGGACCAGCAGCCAGUCCAGGUUUAUUCUCCAACCCAAUUUGCAACACAUAGAGAUCAAGCAAAAAUCUGGAGCGUCUGGGUGUCCCUGAGGACUGGUUUGAGAACCACUGCUUUAAAGGAACACUUUUUUUUUCUCAGUCUGCCACAUCUAUAGCACACGGUUGAUAACCAUAGUCAGUAAUUUUGAGACUUUUUCUGUAUUUAGCAAAAGAACAGAAACAGAAAACCUGUUUACUCAAAGCUCACAUACAACAAAAGCCAGUAAGCAGAUGCUGGAGCACUUUCCCAUUGGCUUCUGUUCUAGUUAUGUUUUAAGCCAACAGGUUUUCUGUUCUUUCACAAUGUACAGGCAAAUUACUGAGCCCGUUUACACCUGAUCACUCCAUGUGACUCGUACCUGGAUUGUGUCCUGAUAAGAUUUAAGCCACAUGCAUUUACGCUUUAUAGUGAAAUAUCUCUCCGGUUAGUCGGACUGAAAUCAGAUUGAUGGAAUAUACAAAUCCGCUCGUUAAGCGGCAACCAAUUAUCAGUCGUUUACUAUGACGUCUGCAGUUUGUUUUGUGCAUAUGGCUAUUAAGCAUUUUGUUUCGUCAGGUCCCCGACAUGUGCCCAGUGACGUACAGCAUGACGAGGAGUUUGGGUUGUACUGGGAGGGUUUUUUGUUGAACGUGUCUGGGAGAGAGGGAUGUGUUUACGCUGCUGUAACGUAGCUCAAAUGCGUCUCGGAUCACCUCCUGAAGUGGUUUCUGCAGUCGGAUCUGUGUUUUAAAUGCAUCUUGGGUGCGUUUACACUUGCUUUUUUAUGUGGCUUGGUCUUGGUCCAGAUAUCAUCCUGAUACUGAAGACCAGGUGUAAACAGGGUCAUUGACUAUGGUAGUCGACUGUUUAUUACAAAUGCUGGAAUAUUCCUCUAAGAACUGAGGGAAUUGAGACGUUGAGGAUGAUUAAUUUACAUCAGUUUAGGUGUGCAUUCAGAAGUAGUUCAUGCACUGGAUUGUUCAGCAUUUGCAAAUGGAAACUCAUCAGAGCGCCGUACUCCAUCCUCUUGCAUAUCAUACAUGUACUUUCAAUAUAUUUUUGAGAAUGGUGACACAGAUUUGCAGCACAAAACUCAGAAGGCCGCUGUUUGAAAUGAAAUGGCCAAAGCCCAGCAUUACAAUGAGCUUUAUUUAUCACUCCAGAUAUUUCUCCAUGUCUUCUCAAUGUUGGUGAAUGAGUGUAUAAAAGUAUAUCAACGUAUAUUAAACCAUUUUUCAUGACUUC